GCGCCGAGGAGGGAAGCGGGAAGAGCAGAGUCUCUGGGCCAUUAUGGCUGUCAAGUGGACUGGUGGACAUUCUUCUCCUAUUCUCUGCCUGAAUGCAAGUCCAGAAGGGCUAGUUGUUUCUGGAGCUGAGGGUGGAGAUCUCAUUGCUUGGGGCCAAGAUGGGACUCCACUGGGACACACAUGCUUUCACGGGGCCGACGAUGUUACCAGUGUCGUCUUCUCUCCCUCUUGCCCCACCAAGCUCUAUGCCUCCCAUGGAGAAACCAUUAGCAUACUGGAUGUCAGAUCCCUCAAAGGUUCCCUGGACCAUUUUCAUGUGAAUGAAGAAGAAAUCAAUUGCCUUUCAUUGAAUGAAACUGAAAACCUGCUGGCUUCUGCUGAUGACUCUGGGGCAAUCAAAAUCCUAGACUUGGAAAAUAAGAAAGUUAGCAGAUCACUGAAGAGACAUUCCAAUAUCUGUUCUUCUGUGGCAUUUCGACCUCAGAGGCCUCAGAGCCUGGUGUCAUGUGGACUGGAUAUGCAGGUGAUACUGUGGAACCUUCAGAAAGCUCGGCCACUCUGGAUUACAAAUUUACAGGAGGAUGAAACAGAAGAAAUGAAGAGCCCACAAUCACCUGGUCAGCUUUUAAACCCUGCUCUAGCUCAUUCUGUGUCUGUGGCAUCGUGUGGCAAUAUUUUUAGUUGUGGUGCAGAAGAUGGUAAGGUUCGAAUCUUUAGGGUAACGGGAGUCAAGUGUGAACAAGAACUGGGAUUUAAGGGCCACACUUUGGGGGUAUCCCAGGUCUGCUUUCUGCCAGAAUCUUACUUGCUGCUUACUGGAGGGAAUGAUGGGAAGAUAUUGUUGUGGGAUGUAAGCAGUGAAGUUGAGAAAAAACACAGGAGUCCUACAAAACAUACCCACAGGAAGAACACUAAAAGAGCAACUUACACCAAGCAGGGUGGAAACAGUAAUGCUUCAGUAACAGAUGAAGAACAGGGCAAAUUUUUACCAAAGCUAAGUAUUGAACAUGGAGAAAAAGUAAACUGGCUCUUGAGUACAAAAAUAAAGGGUUACCAAAGUAUAUUAGUAGCUGAUCAAACUAGUUGUAUAUCUGUAUAUCCCUUAAAUGAAUUUUAAAUCCAAUAAAAAACAUUUGAAAAA